GAUGCCCGCCGCCGCUCGGGCUGACAUUUCCUCUCGCGAGGUGCGAUGAUGAGGCGCGCGUCUGGGUUUUAAUUCCAACAGAUUAACCGCGUCCUGAUGCUGUCAGAGGAGGCAGGAGCACACGCAAACACCGCCGGGUUUUCAUGUGCGCCCGAUCAUUUAUUUCUUCCUUCUCUGAAGUCGCACCUUUCUUUCUUCAUCGUGGGAACUUCUUGUUUCAGAGCGGGCCUCUUCCUCGGUUUCUACAGAAAUGCCCGGUUUCGGAUUUGUUGAUUUGUUGAUCGGUUCUCCCGUCCCUCGGCUCAGCGUCUCACCGGACAUGGACCUCUUGGUGGAGGGUGGCGACACGCAGAGCAGCCUCUGACGGGACGGACGGUGACAGCGCUCCUGUGAUCUCCAUGGGGAUACACGGCGGUUCCCGGAGCACCAGACGGACCCUUUAACCCGAGCCCCCGCUGGACGGAUCAGGACAUUACGGCGCGUAAAAUACAGCCGGCUGUGAAACGCUUCAGACACCGCAGAUAAACAGCGACUCCGUCUCUACCUGUGGCGGAGACGCGUCGCCAUGGUGCACUGCGCGGGGUGCGACAGGCCCAUCCUGGACAGGUUCCUGCUCAAAGUUCUGGACCGGACCUGGCACGUCAAGUGCGUGACGUGCUGCGAGUGCAAAAGCAAUUUGACCGAGAAGUGUUUUUCUAGAGACGGGAGACUCUACUGCAAGACGGACUUCUUCAGGAGGUUUGGCACAAAGUGUGGCGGCUGCUCUGAGGGCAUCUCCCCCAGCGACCUGGUGCGGCGCGCGCAGAGCAAGGUGUUCCACCUGGGCUGCUUCACGUGCGUCAUGUGCAACAAGCAGCUGUCCACGGGCGAGGAGCUGUACGUCCUGGACGAGCUCAAGUUCAUCUGCAAGGAGGACUACCAGAACAGCCAGGGCCGCGACACCGUGCUGCUGUCAGUGACGACGUGCAGCGACCCGAGUCUCUCCCCGGACCCGCAGGACCCGCUGGCUGACGACGGCAAGGAGUCGGAGGGCGGCCCGCUGUCGGACAAGGAGGGCGCCAACAACGAGAACGAGGAGGCGAGCGUGGCGGGAAAGCGGCGCGGGCCCCGGACCACCAUCAAGGCCAAGCAGCUCGAGACGCUCAAGGCGGCGUUCGCGGCCACGCCGAAACCCACGCGCCACAUCCGGGAGCAGCUGGCUCAGGAGACGGGGCUCAACAUGCGGGUCAUCCAGGUAUGGUUCCAGAACCGCCGCUCCAAGGAGCGCCGCAUGAAGCAGCUCAGCGCGCUGGGCGCGAGGCGACACGCGUUCUUCCGGAGCCCGCGCAGGAUGCGGAGCCUCGGGGAGCGCAUGGAGCCCGGGGAGCUUCUGGCCGGGGGGCCCUUCUCCUACUAUGCAGACUACCCAGGUGAGUACUACGGCUCCGGGGGAAACUACGAGUACUAUCAGGGCCCCCCGUCCUCCCAGGCCCAGACCCCCGCAGACCUGGGGUACGUCCCCUCCUCCGUCCCCACCGGCACCCCGCUGGGGGGCAUGGACCCGCAGCACCACCACCACCACCAACACCCCCACCACCAGCACCAACACCCCGGGCACCAGGACGUCCCGUGCUACUCGGACAUCAUGUCGGCCUCCCACCACCACCACGCCGCGGACUCGCCGAGUCCAGAGCCUAACGGGCCCGGAUCCAACGGCCCCGGGUCCAUGGGGCCCGGCUCCAUGCGCAGCGUGUCCAGCGACAUGUGUGGUUCGUCCGGGACCCCGUUCACGGUUCUGUCGCUCAGCGAGAACGGAUACACGAACCAGCUGUCCCAGCCAUCCUCCGAGGUCAGCGAGGGGACCGUCUGGUAGCAGCAGGACCGCGGGAACACCGGGGACUCGACAGAACCGGACAACCGGGACUCGACAGAACCUUAGCGCCGGGUACUCGACCGAAACAGGAACACCGGGGACUCGACAGAAACGGGCCACCGGGGACUCGACCGAAACGGAGCAACGGGGACUCGACUGAACUGGAGCACCGGGGACUCGACCGAACUGGACAACCGGGGCUCGACAGAACCGGACCACCGGGAAUUGACCACAGCACCGAACCGGAUAAAACGGGAUUGAUAAUAAUAAGAAAAAAGAAUGAAAGGCAAAUGUAAUGCUAUAUCUUCUGAAAUAAUUUGUUAAUGUAUGUUUUAAAGAUGCGUUAUUUAUAUUAUUUAUUUAGUCAUAGUUUGCGCUUUAUUUAUGUAUUUAUUUGGGCUAUUUAUUUAUUUAUGUAUUUCUUUAUGUGGCCUAUUUAUGCAGGUAUUUAUUUAUUUAUCUACUCUUAAAUUAAUAUAUUAGAUGAAAAGCAGAACGUUAUUUCAUCAUUACAGUCUCUGGGCCAUAAAACAUUUAACGAAAAUGAUUUUCCACAUUUCCUAUAAUAUAUUGUUUUUUAUGUUAACAUCAGUCUUAUAUGGGCCAAAACAUUCAAAUGUUAACUUUUUUUUAAGAGUUAUCGACUAAUUAAACCCAUUUCUCAUGUGUAUUAACCGAUGAUCAUUUGACCAAAUGCCUUCUCUCAGGGCCAGGGUGCAUUGUGAAGAACCGAUCGAUAUUUAUCUCCUCUCUGUAAUGUUAAUGAUUUGGUACCCAGCACACAGGUUUGCCUUUAAAAGGACAACACAAAACCUAAAUAUGAAUAAUGACUUUGAAAGGUAUUAAACAAUAACACACAGUUGUACAGAGCAGUCCACGGUUUACUUGAACAGUAUUCAGGGUUUGAAUAUCGACCACCUUUGAAAAAAAUAAAAAUACUCUCGAUUUAAAUACAGAUAAGACGAUUAUUGCAAACAAACCAAACUUUUGUAUUUAUUCUGUUUGUGUGGUUCCUCACUGUGCUAGUUUGUAUUAUUGUGUUUAAAAUAAGUAGAAAAACAGUUGCCAAAUAAACUUCAGCACAAACACUACAAA